AUGGCGCCAUCAGGGAGCGAAUUCGGUGUAGCCCCCAUUGUUGAUAAAAUGCGCGAAGCCCGUCUACCAUGGUAUGGUCAUGUUCUUCGCGCAAAGAAGGACAGUGUCCGUAAGAUCGGUCUCAACCUUGUCGUGUCCGAAAAGCGGUCUGGAGGACGUCCAAAGCAGCGGUGGCUCGAUACUUUGCACGAAGACCUUAACAUUCACCCCGAUCAAGCGUUCAAUCGGGAGAAGUAG